AUGCUCUUCUACGGCCCACCCGGUACGGGAAAGACAUCGACAGUUCUGGCCCUGGCUAAGGAGCUUUACGGCCCCGAGAUGAUGAAAUCGCGAGUGCUCGAGCUCAAUGCUUCCGACGAGCGUGGAAUAUCCAUUGUCCGAGAGAAGGUGAAGGACUUCGCUCGCAUGCAGUUGACGAACCCGACGAACGAAUACAAAAAGAGAUACCCUUGCCCGCCUUUUAAGAUUAUCAUCCUCGACGAGGCCGAUUCGAUGACCCAGGACGCGCAGAGUGCCCUCCGUCGGACUAUGGAAACAUACAGCAAGAUUACGCGGUUCUGCCUCAUCUGCAACUACGUUACGCGCAUUAUUGACCCUCUCGCCAGUCGUUGUAGCAAGUUUCGCUUCAAGAGCUUGGACCAGGGUAACGCCAAAAAGAGAAUCGAGGACAUUGCCGAGAACGAGGGAGUGCAGCUGGAGGACGGCGCCGUGGAUGCGCUCAUCAAGUGUAGCGAGGGUGACUUGCGAAAAGCUAUCACAUUCCUACAGAGUGCGGCGCGGUUAGUGGGUGCUGGCGACAAGGACGCGUCUGGCGACGACGCUAUGGAUGUCGACAAGAAGCCCGUCACGGUCAAGAUUAUUGAGGAUAUUGCUGGCGUCAUCCCCGGAAACACCAUCGACGAGCUCGUCAGUGCCAUUCGCCCCCAAGGUGCCACAGACACAUAUCAGAACGUGGCCAAGGUGGUUGAAGAUAUGGUUGCCGAUGGCUGGAGCGCCGGGCAGGUCGUUACUCAGCUCUAUCAAUCCAUCGUUUUUGACGAGACAGUUCCCGAUAUUCAGAAGAACAAGAUCGUUCUCAUCUUCUCCGAGGUUGAUAAGAGACUUGUCGACGGUGCAGACGAACACUUGACCAUCCUUGAUCUUGCCUUAAGGAUAUCGGGAGUUAUGAGCGGGCGGAGCAACAACUAA